AUGAGUGAGACCAGAUGGCCAAAGGCGAUCUUGACGAUGCUUAAAAUUACCAAUAUGCAAACCAAACUCCAGGACAGGAGAUCGGAGCUGAGGGAUGAAUUUAACUGUCAGGAGCCCUGGCAAUUGUCGACCAGGAAUAAACGGAUAAGCCGGGCGGCCUACAAGAAAUAUGUAGAAGAAUCAGUGCGAGCCAAACUAGACUCAGAUUGGCAGGACGGAAUGUCAGGUAAAACCACCUUAGACAGAUACAAGAGUUUCAAGACUGCGAAGGGCACUAUCGAGCACCUAUGCGAUAACACGCAAGGCAGUCGUUUCCUUGCGAAUGCGAGAGCAGGAUGCUUGCAGACCAGGAGAUAUCGGUCACGCUUCGAGAACAUCGAUCCAACCUGCCAAAGAUGUGGCAAGGCCGAGGAAACUCUGGAACAUGUGAUAUUGGAAUGUGACAGCCCGCCGGAGGCCGAGUGA